AUGUCGACACCUUAUGUGAAUCCAAGCUUUUUACGAGGGCUGACCAAAGAAAAUGUACAAUAUACGGCUCGUUUACAGCAGAUCUCUCAGCAGAACCAACUUUCUCAGACUGCAAACAUUGGGUCUUCAGCUAUCAAUGAAAAUAUUAGUAGAGACCAAAAUCCGAUACUUUCACGUGCGUCUCCGGCUCUACCUAACAUACAUCAUAAUCAUGCUUCCAAUACUGUCGCACCUUCCUCAGUCCCCCCAGAUGCUUCUGCAAAUCUCAUAAACACAGGUGAUGAGGUGUCUCAGCCCGAUUCAUCCUACCCUCUUCAAGGUAACACUACUACUUCUAGCUCGCUUUUUCCUAAUAGUUAUCCCGCAAACGUUUCAAGUGGUAAUGCUAUGAAUCCACUUAAUUAUUAUCGCUCCAAUCUUCAUAAUACGGAUUCGCCCAUGAAUGCAAAUGUUAGUAAUAUGAUGCCCAACCAAUAUGUUGGCCCCCAGUCAUUAGAUUCAUCCUUCAGAGGUAACCCUUCGGGUUCUAUAUACGAUAAUCCCAUUGAUUCUACUUCAUUAGGAAAUGGAAAUCGUCCUCCAUCAGUGCCUAGAAACCAAACUCCUUCCUUUGAUCAGAAUUUAAACAUGAAUUCAUAUACUGGUAAAAGGUUAAGUAGUACAGUUCCUAUGCAGCCCAUCGUGGACAGACGAACCUCUUUAUCCGUAAAUCCUCGACGUUCUUCGACUCCUGGGUCAUCUAUGCCAACUCCACCGUAUACAAACUAUAAAGGAGAAAGUCUUCCACCGCAUCCUAUCACUUAUUCUCCUUCUUUUCCUUCUCAACCAAACUUUCCCACCCCUGGUAAUGUGAGUAUGGACAGCGCUUCAGUACCUCCUCACUAUUCUUAUGGGCGUCCAUCAAUUUCUUCAAACUACCCUGGUGACUCAAUGAAUGGAAAUCCAUAUGUUCCCUCAGAAAAUACACUAAAAACUGGUGCUUCGGUAGCUUCUGGUGGUCCUCAAGUGGCCCCAGCGUCUUCUCCUUCUCCAAAUAUGUCUUCUUUAGAUUCCACCUCAAAAAAAGAGUCUGUUACCAACCGUUUGCAACUGAAUCAAGGUAGAUCACCGGCUAUGAACGCAAGAAAUCCAUAUACACCCUCUAUGCCAAAACCAUCUCCCGUUCCUUUCAGCCCCGCUCAGCUUUCCUUGCUAAAGAAUCAAAUAAUGGCUUAUAAUUCCUUGAAUUCUCCAUUCGGCCAAAUUCCACAGCCUAUUCAGAAAGCUGUAUUUGGUAAAACCCUUCCUGAGGUUCCGGAAAAUCCAUUGGUAAACCAGCAAACCCAGUCAAAGCAAACGAAAGUAGCGAAUCCUUUGACUUCUUCACUGUUACAAAAACAACCAACAUCUGCAGAUAUGCACUUUGCUCGAAAGCCCAAUUCCCAGCCCCAGUUGGAGACUGCAAGGUUAAAUCCAAAGGCUGAGAGAGGCUCUUUUUCACCUCAUAUACCCAAAAGUGAAGAUACUGUGAAACCAGUAGUUCCUUCAGUUGAUUAUUCGUCUUGUAUCAAUCCUAAUAGCUACAUUCAAGCUCCUAUUUCGUAUGAGAAAUUUUCUUCCGGUGAUAACUUAAAGUUAAUUCCCUCUUUACUUUCUUCUGGACUACCUUGGGAUUUUAUUUUUCGUAAUUCAGAGGUGGCUAUUGCCUGCUCAGUUGGUAAUAGAAUUAAUUCUCUGGAAGAUCUUUCUGUAACUAAAGGGGAGACCAACUUUUCCGAAAAAGAAAGUUUAGAUACAAAGCAGAUGAUAGAAUUACGAUGUCUACGAUUAUUACAAAAGCAAAGAAAUUUACGCAAUGCUGUUUCUUCGACAGUUCAACAGUCGGAAACAUUGGCGGCUGGUAAUCUAAGGAGUAUGUUUCGAACAGUCAAACAUCAAAGUUUACGGGAAGCAAAUGCAACUUUAGCUGUUGCAGAACAGCAAAAUAAUGCCCAUGUUUUAAAACAAAAGGAAAAGCUUUUUUCCCAGCUUAGGUCAAUAUUGCAACACGGGCAGUCAAUAGCAAAAAAAGCGUCUGUACGAAAGCAAAAGUCUACUCAUAUAGGCAAAGAUGUUAUGUCCUUACAUGCUCACUUAGAAAAAGAGGAGAAGAAACGUAUCGAAAGAAGUGCCCGGGAAAGGUUGCAAGCAUUGCGUGCUGACGAUGAGGCCGCUUACCUAGAAUUGGUUGAUAAAGCUAAGGAUAGUAGAAUUACUCAUUUACUUCGACAAACCGAUUCUUAUCUUGAAUCUUUAACUGAAGCGGUGAGACUACAACAAUCAACUAUUUUUAGUGGUGACACUUCUGGAAAAGGAUUAAAAGAACCUUUUACUGCAUCAAAUGAAGAUGAAGAUAAAAUCAGUGUGGACUACUAUAAUGUUGCUCACCGGAUUCAUGAGGAAGCUGAACAACCCAAUAUAUUUGUUGGAGGUAAUUUAAAGGAUUAUCAGCUUAAAGGCUUAGAGUGGAUGCUAUCUUUAUAUAAUAACAAUUUAAACGGUAUUUUAGCCGACGAGAUGGGUUUAGGUAAAACCGUACAGACAAUUGCUUUCAUCACUUACCUGCUUGAGAAAAAGAAUCAACCAGGCCCUUUCCUAAUCAUUGUUCCUCUUUCAACUUUAACUAACUGGAAUCUUGAGUUUGAAAAAUGGGCACCGAGCGUUCAAAAAAUUACUUACAGAGGACCCCCGCAGUUAAGAAAAUCAUUACAAGCCCAAAUCAAAAGUAAUAAUUUUCAUGUUUUGCUAACCACCUUUGACUAUAUUAUUAAAGACAGACCGUUACUCUCAAAAGUUAAAUGGUUACAUAUGAUUAUUGAUGAAGGCCAUCGAAUGAAGAAUACUCAAUCAAAGUUGACUAGUACUCUGUGUUAUUAUUAUCAUUCACAGUAUCGCUUGAUUUUGACUGGUACGCCUUUACAAAACAACCUUCCUGAACUUUGGGCUCUUCUAAACUUUGUAUUGCCGAAGAUUUUUAAUUCUGUCAAGAGUUUUGAUGAAUGGUUUAAUACCCCUUUUGCUAAUACCGGUGGUCAAGACAAAUUUGAGCUUACUGAAGAAGAAUCUUUGUUGGUUAUCAAACGUCUUCAUAAAGUACUAAGACCGUUCUUGUUUCGGAGACUAAAGAAAGACGUUGAAAGUGAACUUCCCGAUAAAGUUGAAAAAGUUAUAAAAUGCCCUCUUUCCGGUUUGCAGUUAAAGCUUUACCAACAAAUGAAAAGGCAUGGUAUGCUGUUUGUAGCUGGUGAUAGGGGAAAAACCGGGAUGAAAGGACUUCAGAACACUGUUAUGCAGUUAAAAAAGAUUUGUAAUCAUCCUUUCAUAUUUGAAGAAGUUGAAAAAGCCAUUGACCCCCUGGGUACCAAUUAUGACUUACUAUGGAGAUCUGCCGGUAAGUUUGAGCUUUUAGAUCGAAUCUUCCCGAAGUUAUUUCAGACUGGUCAUAAAACUUUGAUGUUCUUUCAGAUGACUCAAAUUAUGACUAUAAUGGAAGAUUACUUACGUUAUCGUAAUUGGAAGUAUUUGCGGUUAGAUGGUUCUACUAAAUCUGAGGAUCGCUCUUCGCUUUUAUCACAAUUUAACGAUCCGUCCUCUGAUGUCUAUGUGUUUAUGCUUAGCACCAGAGCAGGUGGUUUAGGAUUAAACUUGCAAGCCGCUGAUACCGUCAUCAUUUUCGAUACUGAUUGGAACCCGCACCAAGAUUUGCAAGCUCAGGAUCGAGCUCAUCGAAUUGGUCAAACCAAAGAAGUUAGAAUUUUGCGGCUUAUCAGCGAAAAAUCUAUAGAAGAAAACAUCUUGUCUAGAGCACAGUUUAAAUUAGAUCUCGAUGGUAAGGUUAUUCAAGCCGGCAAAUUCGAUAAUAAAUCAACACCUGAAGAACGCGAGGCUUUCCUUCGUUCUUUGUUAGAACAUGAUGGUGAUGAGGAUAAUGACUUGAGUUACAGCGAGCUGCAAAAUGAUGAGUUAAAUGAACUUAUUUCAAGAACAGAUGACGAACUUGAACUGUUUCGUACGAUAGACCAAGAACGUGCUAUUAAAGACAUCUAUGGAAAGGGAAAGCCCUUCGAUCGCUUACUUUCUGUCAAUGAACUACCUGAAAUUUAUAGAGCCGAAGUUGAUCAUGUUGUGCAGGAGGCAUCAACAGAUAUGCCUUUAGACGCUGGACGUCAGAAAAGGCAUAGAGCUUCGGUCAGUUAUGCUGAACCAGGUUUCGAAGAUGUAUUUGAAGAAGGAAACAGGAAUGAUAUGCCCCGUCGUCGUGGUAGACCGAGGAAGAAAGUUGCUUUGGAUAAUCUUAAUUAUUCUGGACCUUUGGUUUACGAGUCGCGUUCGAACAAAAGAACAAGUGAAGUCCCUUCUACGCACAAGUACAAGGCUCUUCAAAGGUGUUUGAAAGAGAUCUACGAAAGCCUCUUUUAUCUUCAAGACGAAAGCGGUCGUAUGAUUAAUGGAUUAUUCUUGUACCCGCCCAGUCGUAAGCUAUACCCAGAUUAUUAUGUUAUCAUCAAACAUCCAAUUGCCCUUGGUAAGAUUGGACGAAAUAUAAAGAAUAAUAAAUACACAGAUUUGCAGGGUUUGGUUUCGGAUUUCAUGCUUAUGUUUAGCAAUGCCUACACCUACAAUGAAGAGAAUUCUCCUGUAUAUGAGGACGCCAAAUACAUGGAGCGAACUCUUACGAGCUUGAUGAAAAAAAUUGAAGAAGAGAACAUUCUUGAGAAUUACGAAAAGGAAGAGUUAGCUAAAGAGAAAGUUGAGCCUAAAGAUGAUUUUGAAAAAGAUCCUAUAGAAAUGGAAGAAUCCAAUAUGGAUAUUGUUGCUAACGAGACGGAGUUUGAAAUGGAUCAGGAUUUUGAUGAGCUAACUUCUGAAGAGUAA